CGCGGAGCGACUUCGGAGAACGUGAACUUUCUGUGUAGGUCAAUCCCCAGUUGGAGCUGCAUUAGAACCGGCGCGUUUGGAAGCGUAUUCAAAUCGCGCGCCCUGGCAGUGGCUUUCCGGGGUUCAAGCUUAAGGAUCGCGGGACACCAGGAUGCCCUGACGCCGGGUCUGUGUCCCAGGACUCCAUGGCUUCUGGCAACUGGGAGGGUACGAACGCCUGGGGCAUCCCAGGCUGCUCCCAUGUGGGCGCUACCGCGAUACCUGCCCGGUGAGACUUAGGCGCCACCUCUGCCCGCUGCCGUUACUUCCUGGUUGGUUUGCCCUUAACUGAUAUGGCGGCUGGUUGCCUUCGGCCGGGCCCACUGCGGCUGCUCAGAAAUCCCAGGCAAGGCGAUCGGGUCCACAGCCCUCCCCGUGCCUCUGCCGGAGCUGCCGGGUGAACCCCGCACUGUGCAGCUCAGGGUGACGGGCAAUAGGGGCAAGCUAAGGAAGUCGAGGGCCCAACGCCGUGCUGCUGUGUGCCCAUCCCUCAUCUCCCAGCACCAAGGCUGCUCGAGCCCAGGGUGUUUUUUACUUGUCCCUGCCACCUCCCAGACUCUGGCCCAACAUGAUACUGACUAAAGCCCAGUACGACGAGAUAGCCCAGUGCCUAGUGUCUGUGCCUCCCACCAGGCAGAGCCUGAGGAAGCUGAAGCAGAGGUUCCCCAGUCAAUCGCAGGCCACUCUGCUGAGCAUCUUCUCCCAGGAGUACCAGAAACAUAUUAAAAGAACACAUGCCAAGCAUCAUACGUCAGAAGCGAUUGAAAAUUAUUACCAGAGGUACCUGAACGGAGUAGGGAAAAAUGGAGCUGCCCCAGUGCUCCUGGAGCUGGCCAAUGAGGUGGACUAUGCACCCUCAUUAAUGGCUCGGAUUGUACUGGAGAGGUUUCUACAGGAACACGAGGAAACUCCACCCUCCAAGUCUGUUAUAAAUAGUAUGCUGCGGGACCCUUCUCAGAUUCCAGAUGGAGUUCUAGCAAAUCAGGUCUAUCAGUGCACUGUGAACGACUGCUGUUAUGGACCACUGGUGGACUGCAUCAAACACGCCAUUGGUUAUGAGCACGAAGUCCUGCUGAGAGACUUGCUUCUGGAGAAAAACCUGUCCUUCUUAGAUGAAGAUCAGCUCCGUGCAAAGGGUUAUGACAAAACACCAGACUUUAUUUUACAAGUACCAGUUGCUGUAGAAGGGCACAUAAUUCACUGGAUUGAAAGCAAAGCCUCAUUUGGUGAUGAAUGUAGCCACCACGCCUACCUGCAUGACCAGUUUUGGAGCUACUGGAACAGAUUUGGUCCAGGCCUCGUCAUCUAUUGGUAUGGAUUUAUCCAGGAGCUGGACUGUAACCGGGAGAGGGGCAUCCUGCUCAAAGCCUGCUUCCCCACAGACAUCGUCACCUUAUGCCAUAGCGUGGCUUGACCCUGAUGAUCCUGGAAGAGACGCUGGGAGGAAAAGGUGAAUCCGGAAGCAAUUUUACUUUCCUGCAGCGUCAACUCCUGGCAACAUCUGCCCUGAACUCCAGCUGAACUCUUGCUGCCCGUGGUCACACCACUACCUCUUUAGACAAACAUAUCAAGAGUUUCUGUUUUCCUUCAUCCUUGCUGAUGUGAACAGCCAAGAACUACAGACACAACCCACUCAUUAUCAGCAUUUCUGUCUCUGUCAAACAGUUAGUUUAUAGAUAGUCAUAAUCUUUCUUCCUUCCGGAUGGUUUCUCCUUGAAUACUGAACAAAAGAAAAAAUGUGGAGACUGAAAGGUGUGAUUUUUCAAUUCUCCUCCCAGUUACCGAAUCACCCUCUUAUUAUUAUUUUUUUCCUAAGCCUCCAUUCAUUUUUCUCUCCCUCCCCCUUUCCCUUUAUGGACACUCACAGAUACCCAGCGUUGCAUUACCGUCAUGCAAUCAUCUAGCACCAUCCCAGCAAAGCUGAAGACAUAAAGCCUAAGACGAAAUUUCCCCCCUCACCUGCAGGGCUCCAGUAACCCUUAGGUGUAGCCGGUGCGUGUUUUGACCAGUCUUUAUGGUUUCCUGACUUCGAUGGCAUCAAGCCAAGCUGAAAAAUAUACUUGAUGAGAAUUUCCUCUUUUUAUACUUAUUUGAACACCAAACCUUUUCCAUUUAUCUCAUUUGAAAGUAUUAGUUAACAUUGUGCCUGGAAAGCACACUCCUUCAUUGGAUUGGGGAGCUGAGGGGAGAUGAUUGAAGCUCGGUGCCAGCUUUGACAAUACUUUAUUUUUAAACAUGGCUAGUUGUCAGUAUGUUUGAUAGUAUUUUUAUGAGUAAAAUUUUUUAAAGCACAUUCUGUACUCUGCUUUUUAUCUGCGUUUUUAUACCACAUAAUUAUAUCACACUCAAAUAAUGUAGGCAUUCGAAAUGUUCAGCUUUGAAUGAAUGAAGUGUACCGGAAAUAAACCUAGGGCAAUUUUCAAUAAGCAAAAUAAAGGAGAGUUUGUAUUUGUUCACUUUCAUUUAUUCACUUUUUAUGCUGCAAAUCAAAUUUCAAUCUGAAGCAAAACAUCAAUAAAUUCAUUAUAAACCUAUCUUUGGGAAAGUUAAAGAUUAAUCUAUAUUCAAAAAUGUAUUUAGUAAAAUAGUUGCCCUCCCCCCCAGCCCCGUAUUGACAAAACAUCAUGACUUUUAUAAUGUUGAACUGGUGAACUUGGAAAUGUUAAUAAAAAAUGUACAUUUUUAUAAACACAUGUAAGUUAUGUAUACAUUGCUCAAUUCUUUCAAAAGACUAAAUAUGCCAUUAGUACUUUGUUCAUUUUGUACCUAAGAAGGUUUGCAAAAGUCUGCCUCUUGCUUUUCGUUUUGAAGGAGACAAGCAUGUCAGGUCUGAACAUGUGGAUUUUGACUCUGCUGAGGGUUGCAUUAAACAAAAGAGAGAGAGAGAGGGAGAGAGAGAGAGAGAGAGAGAGAGAGAGAGAGAGAGA